AUGCCUCACCAAAGAACAGAGGACUACGUCCUUUGGGAAGUCCACAGCGGAGUUUGUGGUGACCAUUCAGGGUCCCGAUCGCUGGCACACAAAGUCUUCCAGCAGGAGUAUUUCUGGCCGACUUUACACCAAGAUGCAAACGUGUUAGUCAAGAAGUGCGACAAAUGCCAAUGGUUCGGUAGUGUCCCUCACAUUCCUGCUGAGCCUCUCUCACUGAUCGUAAGCCCAUGGCCUUUCGCCCAACGAGGACUAGACUUGAUAGGUUCGAUGCCGCAAGGCAAGGGUCAGGUCAAAUAUGAUGUGGUUGUCGUGGACUACUUCACCAAAUGGGUAGAUGCCGAAGCCUUAGCAACGAUAACGGCAGCCAGAAUGGAAGAUUUCAUCUGGACGAACAUUUGCUGCCGAUUCGGUAUCCCCUACGCCAUCAUCACCGAUAACGGUAGGCAAUUCGACUCGGAAGCCUUUAGGCAGUUCUGCACUCACCUCAAGAUCAAACGGUCAAUCAAUAAGCUAUUGAAACGGCAGCUUGAGAAGGCAAAAGGAGCCUGGCCGGAGAAGCUUCCAGAAGCAUUAUGGGCCAUCUGGACAUCUUACCGAACGACAACUGGGCAAACCCCCUUCUCUCUUGCCUUCGGUUCGGAAGCAGUGGUUCUUGUGGAGAUCAGAGAGUCCUCCUACCGAACGGAAACCUAUGCACCGAAAGCAAAUGAGGAGGCACUUACAUUAAACCUCGACCUGAUUGAAGAACGCCGAGCGCAAGCCAACCUUCAGAAUGAAGCCUACAAACAGCGCAUCUCUCGGUAUUAUGACUCAAGGAUCAGACCCCGCUCUUUCCGAAUCGGCGAUUGGGUCAUGCGAAAAUACUCUUUGGCAACUAAGAACCUCACGGAAUGA